ACAUCCAAACUAAUUCAAAGAAAAUAAAAAGAUCAUUACAUCCAAAUUAUAGGGAUAUGGCAAAGUCACCAGUGAGCUACACAACCUUUCUUGCUCUCCUCUUCUGCUUCCUCCUCAUAGCAUCCAAUGAGAUGCAGGCGGUUGAGGGAAAACUUUGCCGAUGGAAGAGCAAGAAAUAUACUACUCGCUUUUGCUUGUUGAGCGAGACCUGCGCCUCAGAGUGCAAAAAAGAGAACCCGAAGGCAAGCAAGGGUGAGUGCAUUAGAAAAGGCUUGAGUCGUUAUUGCUUCUGCUACAAGAAGUGCAAAUAAGCAUCAACUGCCCUCAGAAUUCUCGUUUCAUAUGUAUGAAAAAAAAAUGGUUUGUUGUCUUGUGUGUGAAAGAAUAAAAGCACUACCAAUUCACUAGAAUUGUAGUGGUUGUGAGGAAAUAGUUCUGAAUUAUGUUUGUAUUAUGAUCUUGUAUGUUUUCUUCUUUACCGCAGUUUAUGGUGUCAAGUGAAGUAAUCAAAAUAAUUCAAGAAAUUAUUCGUGGUUACUCUAAUCGAGUUGCCUAACUGUUGUGAUUGA